AUGCCAUCGCAAAGAGAAACGGCCCCUAGUUCCCAGCAAGCCUUUAGUGGUCAAAGGGUGCCAAGAAUCCCUGGGAAGUAUGCAAUAGCGGAGGGAUGUUGCAGAAAAAUUCAGAAUGGCCCCUCUAUGGUACUUAGACUUGGAACGCUCAAUGUUGGAUCACUGACUGGCCGUAGCAUGGAAAUCGCAGAAAUGCUCGAGCGUAGAAGGAUUGACAUCAGCUGCAUUCAGGAAACUCGAUGGAAAUCGAAUGGUGUCUGUCAUGUCAUUUCAGACAAAGAAAAAUAUAAACUAUUCUGGAAUGGUCAAAAGACGGCAAAAAAUGGUGUUGGAAUUUUUGUCAGAAAACCGCUAGCCCAAGAAGUACUGGAUAUUAAAAGGAUUAAUUCACGUCUCAUCUGCUCUUGGAAACUUGAUUUUAAACGAUUUAGAAAGAACUUUCUUCGUGGUAAGACAACAGAAAGCACUGAUGAUGAUUCAUUCGGAAUCGAAAUAUGGCCUUAUUUGCAGCAUGAAUUCGGAAAAUAA